AUGUGGAUUCCGUAUGAAUACAUUUUAGAAUCAGCAGAUGCAUCACUCAGCACUGCAUUGGAGUCCGUGGUGGACGAAACUCUCACUCCCUUCAUGCCACCUAGUUGCUCUAAUUCAAAUGUAAUUGGAUUUGCGUGCAAUAUUUCAUUUCGUCCGUGUGACAUAUAUCCGUAUUGUCAAAACUUUGGUACUUGUCAAAACGAUCGAAACACUUCUCGCGGUUACCUUUGCGAAUGCAAACCUGGUUAUAAUGGAACGGAUUGUGAAAACGACUUACGUCCAUGCAAAUCGAACAUCUGUUUGUAUGGUGGUACGUGUGUCAACUUGAACGAUAUACAAUUUUUCUGUAACUGUACUGAAGGACGUACUGGUGUCCACUGUGAAACUCAAAUUGAUUACUGUUAUAAUGUGACUUGUUUGAAUAAGGGCAUUUGUCAAUCAUUACCUUUUGAUUACACGUGUCGAUGUACAUCCAGCAGUUUUAGUGGUCGUCAUUGCGAAAACAUCGCCAGAAGUGUCAUCGUCUACCAAUACGUAUCGAAAGCAUUCGCUUUUAUAGCUAUUUUAGCACUAACGAUUGUAGCGGGUUUUAUCAUUAUCAUGGAUGUGUUGAAAUAUGGAUUCGGUAUCGAUCCAGUUCGCGAAGAACGUGAUCGUUUACGCCGUAGACGAUUGCAGUUAGCACGAAAUAAUCAUCAAAAUCGACCAAACAAACACAUUCAUCGCAGAUGUCUUGGUACUAUCAUGAUGGCACUUCAAUGGAAACGUCAUCGUAAACGAGAAAGCUUAGACGACGAGUAUAGCACCGAAAUCACGACAUCAUAA